AUGGCUUCGAUCGCGUCGCAGCUGCAGGCCAUCAAGUCGGCUCUUGGCUCCGCGCAGGAGCCCGCUCGCCGUCCCAUCACCCGGCCGUCCGUGCUCUUCGACGCCAAGGAGGCCGCCGACAUCGACCUCCGCGCUAUCCUCCCCAUCGCCCUUUCUGGGUUGGAGCAUCUUACUGGUGUGGAUGAGAGAUUUGCGAGGUAUGGCAACACGCUGUUCAGCCAGACUAGCCUUGAGGUCAACCGUGAGCAGCAAACUCCCAAGGAGAACGACAAGCUAAACAAGUCCAUCUCCUCCUACCUUCGCCUCUUAGCUGGCUACCUGCAGCUUCCAGCUGCCCUCAAGACGCUUGAAUACCUUAUCCGCCGCUACCUGGUGCAUGCAUACAACUUGGAUGACUUGCUGCUGUGUGCACUGCCAUACCACGAUACACAUGCGUUUGUUCGGAUUGUGCAAUUGGUCAACUUAGGGAAUAGUAAGUGGACAUUCCUUGAUGGCGUGAAAUCCUCGGGUGCACCACCUCCCAGGAGUGUUCUAGUACAGCAGUGCAUCCGUGAUAAUUCUUUGCUGGAGACCCUUUCCAACUACGCUACACCGACUGCAGAUUUCCUUCACUCAAGGACAGUCGUCUGCUUUUGCACUGCAGUGAUUGUGGAGUGCUUAGGAGCUAUUCCAAAGCUUGACACGGAUAUAGUGCAGAGGGUUUUGGGAUUUGUGUUUGACUCGCUUAAUCCUAAAAUUACGGCAGACCAAGAUUAUAAGGCUGGCGCGCUGAUGAUUGUAGGAGUACUGGCAACACGAGCAACACUAGCUCCAAAACUCGUUCAAGACUUGAUCGUCUUUGUUGCCAGGGCGGCGCAAUAUGAUGCAUUGAAGUCAAUGGAUUUACCGUGGCUUCGUGUUACAGUGAUGGCCAUUAUAAGUCUAGUUCAGUCACAGUCUGUCCAUGACUUCCGUAAGAAGCCAUUGAUGAUCUUGAAGGACAUCAGGGAUUUUUCUGGCGUUCUUUCUGCAUUAUCCAGCGAGUUCAACAUUGAUAAUUUUAUUAGGCUUUAUGUUGAAUCAUUGGUUGACCACAGUAUUUCUGAUGAUUCCUGCCACGCACACCUGAUUGAAACUGUUGAGACUCUACAUAUAAAGAAGUUUGUCGAAAGGAUUGUGUGUAAGGUUCUUGGCAACUGUAUCAAGGCAUCAAGGGUGACAAAAAACCCAGACAUAAACCACACAGGCAUAUGGGCAAAGAAGAUCUUGAGUGCAAUUGGAAAAAAACAUGCACUCGAGCUACGUGAUGCUAUCCGUAAAUUUCUUGAGGACUCUGAAAUUAACUCAACUGGAGGGGAUUCCACUUCCAAGUUGCUCGGCUUAGUGUUUGACGAAGGCAAGAGUAUACCAGCUGAAAUAUCUGAUUCUAAUGUUUGGUUCAGUCUGGACCACCCAAAGGCAGUGGUCCGUCAAUCUGCUCUUUUAAGCAUUGCAACUUCCGGCAUUUUUAAGAAUAAUAUUCAAAAUCCACAGAAAUUUAUCAAUAUGCAAGAUGCAAUCAUACGCAAUCUGCAUGAUGAUGAUCUAAGUGUUGUUCAAGCUGCGUUAUCAAUAGAAGGGCUAGCUGCUGUUGCUAGCCCUGGUGGCCUUCUAAAAGCGUACAAUGAUGUGCUUGCCAAAUGCACUGACAUCAUAUGCAAAGGCGGUCCAAAAUCAUCAAAGGCUUGUGAUGUUGCUGUUUCAUGCUUGGAAAAGAUGGUUAUGGAAUAUCAGUUGCGUCAUGUCGAAUAUGCCAAGGACAUUGCUACAUCAGUACUCAGUCUCCUUAUUGUUCACCCGAAGACCUUCAGGGUAAACUUGAAGGCCUUGGAGCUAGCUAAGAAAAUACAAUGGGAAUUCUACGAAAGUAGUUCUCUUGUGUACGAGGUGUCUGCAGAUAAAGUAAAGAACAUGAGUUCAGAAUUCAUAGCUUCCAUUAACAUGAAGAACAUCCAAGCUUUUGCCAAAACUUUACUAGCAAACCCAAGUAAACAUGUGGAGUGGUUGGCUGACUCUGGAAACAGAAGCAGAUUUGCAAGAACUCCAUUUCUACUCAUAGUAUUGCAAGCUCUGCUUAAUCCUACUGAAGCUUUGGACAAGCAAGUGAAUCUGUGCCAAGUUUGCUUGCCAGUUCUGAAGGAUGAAUGGUAUCACAUACAGCCAAAAGGUGAUUUUAUUGGUGACGAGAUCAGCAUUGACAACCUUGAUAAGUGCAGCACUGAAUUGGUGAAACAUAUUUUCAAUAGUGACACAGAGGCAUUGAAUGCUAGAAUUCUUGUCUGCAUAUUUUGGGGUCUUCUAAAGGUGCAGGCUUCCUAUAUUAAGCAGAAUUCUAUGAUUGGUACUGGUGGAAGUUCAACGCUUGGUGAUCUGUUUUUAUUUUUCGUCACAUCAUCUGGCAAAAAUAUCUUCCAGAAGCACGUGCAGCAUCUCAUGGUUAACUGCACAGGAACACCUUUCCAAUUUAUCUCGAAGUACUUUCUGGAUGAAGGUUUAUCUGCUGCAAUUCAAUCCGAAAGUCUUCUCGUGCUUGCGACUGUUUGUUCUACUUGUGCUUUAUCUGAAAGUAGUACUUUGGAUGAGAGCUUAUGUAUGCAGCUUUUACUUGGGUUCCCAUCUCUUAUUAUACCACUUUCCCACGAAAAUAAGGAUAUAAGGUCCUCCGCUAUGAAAUGUAUUGAGGGGCUAUCAUUGGUGUGGCAGCGCCUGUGCACUUCUACAUCAAGAAACGGAAACAAUGGCAAAUUGCCUAGAUGCAUGUCUUCUCCAACCUUUGGUGUUUUCCUCGAGUCAUUGGCUAACCAAAAGGCCAUGAUAUCCUCAGAUGCAAGAUUUCUACCUGCAUAUAUUUCAUCAAUGCUUAGCCCAAGUCAAGAUCUUAUGGUUCCUGAAAGUCUUCACGAAAGAUUUGAUCAGCCAACAAAAGAUACUAUCCUUAGUUUCAUCCUGCGCUCUGCUAUGAAGCUCUCUCCUUAUGGAAAGCUGAUGGUUCUGUCAGCCCUGAAAGGAGUAGGAAGCAUCUUAUUUGAGGCAGAAGAGGUUAGGUCUUUGUUCGUGUAUCUUCUGGACCGCCAUAGUCCGCAUCAGAGUGCACACGAUUCUAAGCAGAUCUUAUCUAUCCAUGAAAUGCAAAUCUUGUGCUUGCUCCUGAAGGUUUUCUUCUCAGUGGCAGAUCAAACAAGUUUUGUUUUUGAUAUGUCUGAUGCUCUAUCGAAAGCUUUAAAGAUUGAUGGUUUGUCUCCAGAAGAUCCUGUUGUUAUGAUGCCAUGUCUAUCCGCGCUACAAAAUCUUCAGCCUGUAUUCUUUGAAAAUUUGAAGACUGAUACUAAGGAAAAAGUAUUCGGGCUCCUUAUUUCUAUGUACCGAGCUGAGAACUUCGAAGUUCGAAAUGCCACACGAGAUGCUCUACUGCGAAUUAAUGUUCAUGCCUUCACUGUUGUGAAAUUUAUUAAAUUGAUUGUAGCACAAGGUGAUAGCAAAGGAAAUACAAAAAGAAUAAAGAGAACGGAGGGUCUUAAUCAUGAUAUUGAUAUCCAUUUUGAAGAUUAUUUUGGCGAAAAAGCUGUGGUUUCAAUUCUUGUUUCUCUUCUGGAUAUUCUUUUUCUGAAGAAGGAUGUGGAACAAAGGCUAUGUUUACUUCAACCUCUUUGCCAGAUUCUAUCAAAACUUCUUUCUGAUCAAUGGGUUUCAGGAAUAGUUUGUCAGUAUAACAAAGGGCAUGAUGCCUCUUCUGAAAUUCUUGACAUACCCAGUUUUGUGAAAGAAGCCCAGCAGUUGGUACUGCUGGUACUGAAAGAUAUUAUUGAUGCAAAGCUGUUGGGUCACCAAGAUAAACUGCUCAACAGUGGAAAUGUAAAUCUUCUUAUCAGCUGCAUAAGGUCCACGGAGGAUGUAGGAACUCGUAAUCAUGGAUUUUCGUUGAUUGCAUCUUUAGCAAAGGCUUUCCCGCAAUUGAUAUCAGAAAGUAUUGUUGAUUUGUUUGUUGCUAUUGGGGAUGCGGUGAAACAGGAGGAUAACCAUUCACAACGUGUUAUGGAGGAUUUAUUAUCUGUUGUGGUCCCAUGCUGGUUAACAAGGACUGCAAGUAUAGAAAAGCUUCUCGAGAUAUUCAUUAAAGCUUUGACUGAUGUUGCCGAACAUAGGCGCCUGACCCUCAUGACGUAUCUUCUGAGGACCUUAGGUGAAGAAAAUAAUUUGAGUACCGUGAUCAUGUAUCUGUUGUACACAUUGGUUGUGCGGGGUUCACAUUCUCUUCCGAAACACCAGAAGAGUCAUUCUGCCCUGUCUUUGAGUGCCAUGUCACAGGAGUGGGAAUAUGGUUUGGCAGUCAAUAUGACAGGCCAAUAUUCCUACAAAUUAUGGUUUCCUUGUCUGUGUAAGCUACUAGAAGAAAUCAGAGGACAUCAGAAACAAAAUUUUCUUCCUAUGCUACAUUUGGCAAUGCAGUUUAUUCUAUCUAAGCUGCAAGAUACAGAGUUGAGUUAUGAGGUUGAAGCCGAGGAAGCUUCUAAUUUUAUCCAGAGUUCUCUUGGACAACUUAUGGAGGAAGUUGUCUUGUGCACUGUCUCUGUCAAAGACAAGAAAGGGGACAUUUCUGGUGAUAUUCUAAAGGAAGUCAGAAACUGUGCAACUACUGUUCUGAAAAUAAUAACGGGAUUGAUGCAAGCUUCAACAUAUUUCAAAGGAAUUACUCAGUUAUUAGAAUACCCAGAAAGUCUUGUGAAAAGAAAGACACUUGGAAUAUUGUGCGAAACUGCAAGGGCGAAUAGCUUGGUCCAGAACAAGCAAAGGAAAGCAAGAAAAUUGAAGCACAACUCUAGGUCUACUGUCCUCCCAGUGGAUGAGAGCUCUGGCCCUUUUUUUAGUGAGUUGUGCUAUAAGAUUCUAGAGUUGAUUGACAGAGGGACUGAGUCAGACACAUCUGUGAAAAUUGCUGCUAUUUCUUCACUUGAAACACUGGCGAAAGAAUAUCCCUCUGAAAAUCCUGCAUAUACCAAGUGCCUUGCAACAAUCAUUAAUCAUAUCAGCUCUGGUGAUGCGGUCACUUCUUCUGGGUUGAUAAAUGCUGCAGGCUCUCUGAUUAAUGUGCUAGGAUCAAAAGCAUUACCUCAACUCCCACUUAUCAUGAAAAAUAUGCUGCAAAGGUCACAUCAGGUGUCCUGUUGCCCUAGUGGAAAAUAUGCUGACAGUUUCACUAGGACUGUUGCCGGAUUUUCUAACCAAUCUACAAAUAUUUUGCUGUCUGUACUUACAACUAUUGAGGUAAUUGUCCAAAAACUGGGGGAAUUUGUUAGCCCAUAUUUGGGAGAAAUACUGGAUCUAGUGAUAUUGCAUCCUGAAUGUGCUGCUCAAAUAGAUGGAAAAUUGGAUGCAAAAGCAGCAGAUGUUCGGAGGCUACUGACUGAGAGAGUUCCGGUUCGGCUUAUUCUUUCACCUUUACUGGAUUUGCACUCCAGUGCUACCAAAUGUGGAGAAGCAAGCCUGUCAUUGGCAUUCCAAAUGCUUGCAAGUCUAGUCAGUACAAUGGAUCGACUGGCUGUAGGAACUUACCAUACAAAAAUUUAUGAACACUGUUUGGUAGCUCUUGAUCUCCGUCAUCAACAUCUGGACUCUUUGAAGGAUAUAAAUUUAGUGGAGCAAAGUAUUAUCCAUACCAUUAUCACUCUCACCAUGAAGCUUACUGAGUCCACUUUUAGGCCUCUUUUCCUCCGUACUCUUGAAUGGGCAGAGUCUGUAGUUGACCAGUCCACAUCUGCGAAAAGUAUGGACCGUGCAAUUGUUUUCUACAAAUUGAUCAACAAGCUUGCGGAACAACACAGGUCGUUGUUUACACCAUACUUCAAGUACAUACUUGAGGGAUCUGUACAAUAUCUAUCAGAAGAUGGCGCUUUGAGCAGUUCCAAGCAAAAGAAGAAGGCUAAACUUGGAGAUGAUAAAGUCAAACAGAGGGAUAGUUUAUCCAGACAAAAACUGUGGAUUUCAAGAGCUCUGAUAUUGAAAUCCUUACACAAGUGCUUUCUUUAUGACAAUGAUCAAAAGAUCCUAGAUGCCUCUAAUUUCCAGACUCUUCUCAAACCCAUCGUUUCUCAGUUUGUUGUGGAACCGCCUGAAUCUCUAGAAUUAGUUCCAGAUGCUCCAUCAGUUGAUGAAGUGGAUGAAAAUCUUGUUUUGUGCUUGGGGCAAAUGGCAGUGACUGCACGGUCAGAUGUGCUGUGGAAGCCUCUUAAUCAUGAGGUGCUGAUGCAGACAAGGAGUGAGAAAGUUCGGCCUAAAAUGCUUGGCCUGAAGGUUGUGAGGUACAUGGUCCAACAUCUGAAGGAGGAGUACGUUGUUCUAGUCCCGGAGACCAUCCCUUUCCUAGGCGAAUUACUAGAGGAUGUCGAGCUCCCUGUUAAGACUCUGUCCCAGGAGAUAUUGAAAGAGAUCGAAACCCUCAGUGGUGAGAGCCUCAGGCAGUACCUGUGACGCCCCUAGAAUCAUUGCUACGAAUCGAAAUCCUACACAGCUCCUGGUGUUAGCUACUUCGAAUAUGUAAUGUAAGCUGGAGAACACAGGAUGAAUGCUUUGGAUUAACAGAAAUUUUGAUGUGCAUACCUUAUCGAAAUGUUACUAUAUUUAAAACACCGACAUGUAAACAUCACGUGCCUUGUUGGGCGUCUACGGUGUAUGUUCAAACCUGUGUGCUGUCAUGAUGUCAAAUUGGCUGGCUGUACUGCA